CUUCACUUCCUGAUGUCCGUUGCCGCCAAAGCUUAAAAACGGCAAGGAGCCCUGUCCUGCAGCAGCUGCAGCAUCCACUCUGAAUAACACUUAUUUAUCUGCUGAAAAUGUCUGUCACUCCGAAGAGACGCUGCCCCGUCUCCAUUGAUGACUCAAUGAACGACUCCAUGAACGACUCAAUGGAGAAAAGGAUAAGGCGAAUUUCAGUCGAAGGAAAUAUCGCGGCGGGCAAAUCCACAUUUGUCCGCCUUUUGGAGCAGGAGAGCGCGGACUGGGAGGUGGUACCGGAGCCAAUCGCCAGGUGGUGCAAUGUCCAAACAAACGGCAGUGAGUUUGAGGAGCUGACCACGUCUCAGAGAAGUGGAGGGAAUGUAUUGCAGAUGAUGUAUGAGAAACCGGACAGGUGGGCCUACACUUUCCAGAGCUACGCCUGCAUCAGCAGGGUACGCGCCCAGAUCAGGUCAGCCAAUGGGAAGCUGCAAGAAGCUGAGGACCCUGUGCAGUUCUUUGAGCGGUCCAUCUACAGUGACAGGUACAUCUUUGCAGCCAACCUGUAUGAGAGCGGCUGCCUGAAUGAGACUGAAUGGUCUGUGUACCAGGACUGGCACGGCUGGCUGCACAACCAGUUUGGCAAGCACAUCGAGCUGGAUGGUAUCAUCUACCUCAGAGCUUCCCCUGAGAAAUGCCUAGAGAGAUUGCACCUGAGAGGCAGAGAAGAAGAGCAAGACAUCCCCCUGGAGUAUCUGGAGAAGCUCCACUUUAAACAUGAGAGCUGGCUGCAGCACAAGAAAAUGAUGAUGGAGUUUGACUAUCUCAGUGAUGUGCCAGUCUUGACCAUAGAUGUGAAUGAAGAAUUUAAGGGAAAUAAUACCAAGAGCGCAGACAUGAUUGAGAAGGUGAAAGAGUUCUUGAGCACAUUGUGAAGAUCACCUGAUGAUGGAAAAUGUAGACCAUGCCCAUAGGAAGAAAAAGUGGAUGUAGUAUGCGUCAGCAAUGACAAUUCAUUUUCUAUUUUUCUUAUCCAGUCAUUUUAAUGAUCUGACUUGUUGCAUUUUUAAAAAAUCUAUUUUUAUUGCUGUUGUAUGUAUAUUGUGUAUUUAUCAGUGUUGUGUGAAAAUGAGAAUGUACUGUGCUUUUGUCUAAACAAAUGACAAUAAACUUGAAAUACUAA